AUGCGAUUGCAUCUUUUAUUCACAAGUAACAUAUUUCUAGCCAUUCUGGCUCAUUUUCAGAUUUCCAAAAGUGGGGUCUUUACUCAUUCCAUUUCAAAUGUGUACCCAGCGGAAUUUGUAAAAGUUUCAGGAACGGAAUUCCUACAGAACAAUAAAACAUGGAAACCAGUUGGUUUCAAUACCUAUCUUCUCAUCGAGCAAGCUGCAGAGUUACCGCACGGAUCCUUUCAUGCGAUUUAUUCAGAUAGCUUUGGAAAAAAUGAAAUAUUGAAACAGUUUGAGCAAGCAAUACUUUUGAACUUCACAUGUGUGCGAACAUGGUUAUAUAGCAUAAAUUCAAAUUAUCCUUUAUUUUUAGAAGAUGGAGUAUACGAUGAGAGAUUACUUGGCGCUUUAGAUUGGAUAAUAGUCGUAGCACGGGCGCACGGGCUCAAAUUAAUACUUUCUUUUACAGAUUUUUGGCCAGAGAGUGGUGGAAUUAGUUCCUUAAUUCUACUGAGUAGAAAAUUUUUAGAGUUAUCUCCUGAUCAUUCAGAACAGUACGGGAGAAGCUCCUUCUUCACUGAUCAGAAUUAUUUCAGUUUGUACAUCAGACAUGUAGAGCACAUACUUCUGCGAAAAAGUAAAAUUACUGGUACUCGAUACUGUGAUGAAAGCACAGUCAUGGCAUGGGAACUCAUGGUAAGUUUAUUUUUGACUACUUUUAAAUUUCUUCAUCUUUUCAUACAGAAUGAGCCGAGAUGCAGACUUUGUAGCGAGGGCAUAUUGCAAAAGUGGAUAUGGAAUGCAGCAAAGGCAGUCAAAUCACUAGAUAAAAGGCACCUACUUACAGUUGGUGAAGAGGGUUUCUAUGCAUCAACGAAAAAUUAUGUUAAUCCGGCUAAGUGGGCAAGUGAUACUGGGCAGAAUUUCAUAUCUGAUCAUAUAUUUACAGAAAUUGAUUACGCAUCAAGCCAUCUAUGGACAGAUAACUGGAAUCUGUUCUCGGCAUGGAGUAGAAAGCAUGUGAAAAAUGAUAGCUUCAACUUUUCAAAGACAUGGAUAGAAGAGCAUUCAAGCGACUCGUUAAACAUUUUACAAAAACCUUUUGUCCUAAGCGAAUACGGUUCCACAGGUUUUGGAAAUAGAAACAACAUAAUUGGUUCACUUGUGACUACAGAAGAUCAACGUCAAACCAAAGUUAGUCGCUUUUACAGCGAAGUUCAUACUGCACUUCUGCAGAAUAGAAAUGGAGCUCUAUUCUGGAUUUGGCAUAACGAAAACUUGAAAUAUCUCCCCUCAUACCAAGAUGAAUACGGAAUUUUUGUAUCCGAUAAUGUUUUCGAUAGAUUGAGAAAUUAUUCGCAAGUCUUACGUUCCUAA